AGUUUGUUUUUGUUAUAUUGUGGAAAAAAAAAGAAAGAAGAAGAAGAAGAGGUAAAAGAGUAGGAAGAAAUGUUAAUGGCUGUCUUCUCUCUCUUUCGAAAUCAAAUCACUAGUCAAAUGAAGAAACAGAGUCACAACUGAAAACAAAAAAGAAAAAUAAGAAGACUGUUUCUUUCUGCCCUCCUUCUCUUCCAUUCACUUUCCCUCUAUGUCCUGCUGCCUCCUCAAUCUCCUCCCUUUCCUCAUAAAUCUACAUGUCUUCACCUUCAUAUCUCACACUUAACACUGUGUAACAGGACUCACACAGUUUGAUCUAGUUAACCCCACCAUGUUUUCUCUUCAAUUGAAGUAGAGAGUAAUAGCAAGAGAUAAAAGAAAGACAGGAUAAAUUAAGGAGUCCUUGGAUUUUCUGGGUUUGGUUUCAAAUCCUAGGUCUCUAUAACCUUCUGUUGAAGUAUUGAGCGGGCAUGGUGGACAAAGAAGACGCCUCUAAUAAUCCUCUGGCUCCAUGCCAGCUUCCUUCUGCUGGUGGGUCCCGCAAGGUGUUCUGGCGUUCUGUGUCCUGGUCCUCUUCCAGGACUGCCUCACAAAACCCUGGAACAGAAGAGCAAGAUCGUGUUAUAGAUCCGAACGGGAAUCCUGCUGGUAAUAACAGCGGUAGUGGGCAAAACCGGAGGUAUCCUGCUCCGUUAACCCCACGGUCCCAACAGAACAGUAAAGCACGGUCUUGCUUGCCACCUUUGCAGCCGUUGUCGAUUGCUCGGAGAAGUGUAGACGAGUGGCCAAAAGCUAGUUCUGAUGAUCUGGGAGAGUGGCCACAACCGCCUACACCUAGUGGGAACAAGAGUGGUGAAAGGUUGAAACUUGAUUUGUCCUCGAUUCAAAGGAACCCGGAUAGGAAUGUUGGGUUGGUGAAGAAGGAUAGAAUUGCUUUCUUUGGUAAGGAAUGCUCAAAAGUUGCUGAACAUGUGUAUCUUGGUGGGGAUGCUGUUGCUAGAGAGAGGGAAAUUUUGAAGCAGAAUGGGAUUACUCAUGUGUUAAAUUGUGUGGGUUUUGUUUGUCCAGAGUAUUUCAAGGCUGAUUUUGUUUAUAGGACUCUGUGGUUGCAGGAUAGUCCAUCAGAGGAUAUAACAAGUAUUCUAUAUGAUGUUUUCGAUUAUUUUGAAGAUGUCAGGGAACAGGGUGGGAGGGUUUUUGUUCAUUGUUGCCAAGGGGUUUCACGGUCCACUUCAUUGGUGAUAGCGUAUCUUAUGUGGAGAGAGGGCCAGAGUUUUGAUGAUGCAUUUCAAUAUGUGAAGGCAGCGAGAGGGAUUGCAGAUCCCAAUAUGGGUUUUGCUUGCCAGUUAUUACAGUGCCAAAAGAGGGUUCAUGCUUUCCCUCUUAGCCCUAGUUCUCUUUUGAGGAUGUAUAGAAUCGCUCCACACUCACCCUAUGACCCUUUGCAUCUUGUCCCAAGGAUGCUGAAUGAUCCUUCACUAUCUGCUCUGGAUUCUAGAGGUGCCUUUAUUGUUCAUAUACCUUCUUCAAUAUAUGUCUGGAUAGGUAAAAAUUGCGAGGCUAUCAUGGAAAGGGAUGCGAGAGGGGCAGUUUGCCAGAUUGUUAGGUACGAAAGAGCUCUAGGACCAAUAAUAGUGGUUAAAGAAGGUGAAGAACCAGCUUACUUUUGGGAUGCUUUCUCUUAUUAUUUACCUUUGAUGGAUAAAUCUGCUAAUGGAGGAGAUAGUGGGGAAUCCAGAACUAAGAUUUUCCCUGGUGAGAGGAAAGUGGAUGCAUAUAAUGUUGAUUUUGAGAUUUUCCAAAAAGCCAUCAAGGGGGGUUUUGUGCCUCCAUUUGCGACAUCAGAGAAUGAACAUGAAACCCAUCUUCCUGCUAGAGAAAGCAGUUGGAGUGUGCUAAGGCGGAAGUUUGCCCCUGGUGACAUGAAGGAGUUUGUCUCAGCACCGAAGAUAUUCCUUUCCAGGGUCUAUUCAGACUCUAUGAUGAUAGUGCACUCACCAUCACCUUCUUCAUCAUCGCCAUCAUCAUCUUCAUCCUCUUCACCUCUGUAUCUCUCUCCAGACUCUAUCUCUUCUGAUUCGAGCUCUAGCUCAAAGUACUUUUCAGAAUCUUCGCAAGAUUCUCCUUCAGCAGCAUCAUGUUCUCUUCCAGUAUCGUCAACGUUGUCUAAUUUAUCUAACUUGUCUCUCACAUCUAAAUCUUCUUCCCAACCAUUAUCGAACACUCCUAGAUUUCAUGGUGUCAGCAUGUCCCGGCAAUGUUCGCUGGCAGCUUCCUCACCGUCCAAAAAAUAUUCAAUUUCACUUGCCGAGCGCAGAGGUAGCUUGUCCAAGUCUUUGAAGCUGCCAACAGUGACUGAUAAUACAAGGGUGAGCAAUACACCUCCAAGUUCUCUUGCCAGCCAUGAAGAGGGUGCCAGGAUAAACGAGAAAACCUUCUCUUGGUGUGAUUCAGAUAGUUUAGACAUUGUUUUUGAGUCCAAGGAUAAUGUUAAAAAAGGUAGACAUUCAAUUCAACAGUGCAUGCCGAACAUAUCUCUGGAUAGAGUAGCUAGUUCUGACUUACAGCACAGUGAAGCCUCCAUUGUAAAUAAUUUUGAUGAACUGGGUAAAAAUUGCCAUGUCGAAGAAGGCUCAGGUUGUUCCAUGUUGAAUGGGAUGGAGGAAAGUGUUGCUCUAAGUCAUAACAUAAUGCAACCUCUGGUAUGCCGCUGGCCCAGUUUAGAAAGGAUUGCAGCAUUGGGUACCGGUGAUUUGGAUUCUAAAUCAGCCUUUGUCAUUUUAGUGCCAUCCAGAGGUAUAGGCAGAUGUGAGACUAGGAUUCUAUACUUUUGGGUAGGAAAAUCUUUUUCUGAUGAGAAAGGCCUGAUUCAGUUAGAUAGCGGCAGACUAUUAGCAGAUUCUGAACAUAUUGACUGGAGUCAAGCUGGUCAUCGUGUUCUAACUCAAAUGCAUCUUCGGAAGGACGUCACCGUUAAGGUGGUCAAAGAAGAUGAAGAACCAGCAGAAUUUCUUGCAUUGUUGAGUGCAUUGUAACAACACUGGAAAAUGGAGGGUUCUGUAAUUCAGAAGUUUAAACCUUCUUCCAAUUUCUUCAGCUGCGCUAAUUUUCAACACGAGUAUUUAGGCAUUAAAAACAAUUCUCGCAGCAAAACCAGUGAGGUGGCUGCUUUCUAAGCUUCUUUGUGGCUAUUCUCCUGGUUGUACAGUGCUGAAACACCCCAUAACAGAAUCAUUUUGUCCGCCAAUUGAAUGUUCUUGUAAAUUCAAAUAUUACCAGAAACAAAUUCCUGAAGGCUUUUUCAGGCAAAUUAUAUACUUUGAAAUUUCUCUUCUGAGGUUAAUUUACUUUCCUACAUGGAAUUUCUUUU